GAAGCUCGACCUGCGGGACCACGAGACGUGCGCGCUGCACACAGUGGGAAAAGCUGCUUGGCGGGGGAGUAGUUGCCCACUUCCCUGCAGCGUUUCCCGGACGCCGGUUCGCCCUGUUGAUAGCAACCUCUGCUACCAAGUCGUCUCGGAAGAAGCAACGUUUGCGUUUGAGGAGGUGCUGCGUUCGCGCUCGUUUGUGGUAAGGCUGGACCUGCAAGUUCAUGUUCACAAUUCGGCUGGAACUGACGCCUGCGGACUGAUAUACUGCGUUGAUGAAUUCUCCUCUCCGCUUUUCCUCGUUGUAGUGAGGACUCUGCGAAUUUGUGGACAAACCACGAAGGCUGCGUCAUUUACAGCGCUUCUAUUUGUGUGUGUGAGUGUAGCGGAUGGUUUAGAGUGGACGGGGAAGCACCGAAUUUUUAUGCAGGUAGAAUUGUAGUGGCAAGGGUUUCAGGCACUCGCAUUCUCCUUAUCGGCCUGUGCUGUGGUGAGGAGCACAAGACGAAAGCGCUUGAAAAAACACGCUUCUACUCAUACUCCAAGCCUUGGAAUGGGGCUAAUCAUGUGCUGACUGGUAGCCCCGUUAUAAAAAUUCUACUCGUAGGAAUGAUAGCCUCAAAAAAAAAACACAUAUUCUUAGCUAUAUCACUGCGUCGUAAGUUCGCAGAGCAAAAUAGAUUCCUUACCGAUUAAUUUUUUUUCUUCGUCUUUCAUACACAAGGGUUCAUCAGACAGUCUCGUUUGUGUUUUUGUAUGUGUUGUUCUUGUUUUCUUUUUUUCUUUAUUCUUUUUUCUAUAAAAGAAUUUCUCAGUGCUCACGUUUGCUGGAGCGAAAUAUUCUUCGUUUAACACGAGCCUUGUGUGAUUUUCCUCCUCACGUAAAAGCUUCAUUAUGGUGUGCUCCGCUAUCGAUUGGUCUGUCAUACAAAUUCGUCGUUCUCUAAAAUAUGUGAAAUCUAAUGUUUAGACCGUCUGCAACGCUGUAAGCAGAGCUAGAAAUAUCCUUCCCGCUUUGUGAAUGCGAUUAAUGACUCAUUCCUAGGCAUCUUGAUGGGUCUUGAAGCUGGACUGUGCAAAGGCGAAGGUGGAAAGGUGGGGACCCAACUCAAACAAUUCCGCACCAGAUUUUGAGUGACAUUUACAGAUGUGAUUCCAGCGGACUAAAUGCUUGACAAGACGAAGGUGCUGAGCAUGGAUGGCAAGUCGAAGCGAUUUGUGAGAUUCCGGUCCGAAGCUCUCGAUUCGCAAGACUCAUUCGACGACUAUACCAAUGUCUUGCUUCGCAACCAACAGUCAUUCGGUGGCGGUUCAAGUGGUUCCGAGAGAAGUCAGCAAUGGGAGAAAGGAUCCGUUCGCUGGUCGCGGCUGGGUGAGUCCUUCAAGUUUAAAGGCUCUUCCUCUCAAGGAUUCUGUGAGAGCAAUUCUAACCCCGGGAAAAGAAAUUACUUGGAUCCCACAAGUCCCUUACUGCACCGAUGGAACAUCUUCUUCGUGGCGUCGGGUUUGGUGGCCGUGUCCAUGGACCCCCUCUUCUACUACCUCCCCACAGUGGACGACGCAAACAACUGCGUUCAAAUUGAUGGGGGGCUCAAGAAGGCCGUCACCGUGUUCCGCACCAUGACGGACUUCUUCUACUUGAUCCACAUGUUUCUCCAGUUCCGAACGGCGUACAUUGCCCCCUCGUCUCGUGUGUUUGGACGCGGCGAUCUCGUCACAGACCCCAAGAUGAUCGCUGCUCACUACCUCAGAAAGGAUUUUUGGCUCGACCUGGUGGCCGUGUUACCAAUCCCCCAGUUUGUCAUCUGGGUGGUGAUUCCAAAGCUGGACAGCUCCACACCAUCGCUGGACACAGAGAAAGCUCUUCGGUAUGUGGUUUUCUUCCAAUAUCUUCCUCGCCUGCAUCGUCUCUUCCCAUUGACGAAGAAGAUCAUUAGUACGACUGGAGUGCUGAUGGAAACAGCAUGGGCUGGCGCUGCUUUCAACCUCCUCCUAUACUUGCUCGGCAGCCAUGUUGUGGGAGCUUGUUGGUACAUACUAGCGGUGCAGCGGCAGCAAAAGUGUUGGACUAUGACUUGUGACAGGGAAAAUCUGAACAAAACUUUAAACGUAUUCUGCACACGAGAUUUUAUGGAUUGCGCAUCACUCCGAGGUCCUUUGGAAAGCACUCGAAGAAUCUGGUUGGCAGGUACAGGCGAGGCGAGCACAUGCAGUGUGGACAGUUUCGCUUAUGGGAUAUACACCAACGCGAUCAAGAAUAAAAUUCCCUCUGCGCCGUUUGUGACACGGUGUCUCUAUAGCUUGUGGGUUGGCUUGGUUGCUUUGAGCACGUUGGCACAGACAUUGUCAGUGAGCGGCUACAUAUGGGAGAUCGUCUUCGACAUCCUCAUCAUCGUUGUAGGCUUACUGAUGUUUGCCUUCCUCAUUGGUAAUAUGCAAACAUACCUGCAAUCUCUGACCAAGCGGUUAGAGGAAAUGAGAGUGAAGCGGCGAGACUCGGAGCAGUGGAUGCGACACCGCAGCUUACCGCAAGAGAUUACGCAGCGAGUCCGACGCCACGAUCAAUACAAGUGGGUAGCAACCCGAGGAGUUGACGAGGACGUGCUCAUUUCGAGCCUGCCGACGGACCUUCGCAGGGAAAUCAAGCGCCAUCUCUGUCUGAAUCUUGUUCGAAAUGUACCGUUUUUCGACGUCAUGGACGAAAGCUUGCUGGAUGCAAUGUGCGAGCGCCUCAAGACCAUCCUCUGCACCGAGGGCACCAUCAGCCUCCGCGAAGGAGACCCUGUCAACGAAAUGCUCUUCAUCAUUCGCGGAAAAUUUGAAAGCGUGACAACGAACGGCGGCAAGUCUGGGUUCUACAACUACGGCGUACUGCAAUCUGGGGAUUUCUGUGGAGAGGAGCUGCUCACGUGGGCGCUGGAUCCCAAGCCGCAGAACCACUUGCCAAUUUCCACCCACACCGUGAAAGCUGUGAUUGAGGUGGAAGCGUUUUCCCUUUCAGCGGAUGACCUCAAGUUCGUGGCAAGCCAGUUCCGCCGGCUACACAGCAAGCAAUUGCAACACACGUUCCGCUACUACUCGCACCAUUGGAGGGCUUGGGCGGCGUCGUUCAUCCAAGCGACGUGGCGUAGGUACCAGCAACGUCAGUUGGAGGAGCUGCGGCGCAGUCAGGAGGAGCAGAAUCUUCAGGACGAGAUACAGAGCAGAGGAGCCCGAACACAGCGGUCGCGCAUCAUGCAGGGCGACGAGCUCUUGAGAAACUCUAACAUUCCCAAGCCAACUGAGCCAGACUUCUCCCGCGAGUAAACAACCGAUUUCUCGCGGUGUCGGCACCAUUCCCUUAGCAGAAGUAUACUUCCUCGCAUUGCAUCGAUUUUGGCAGCAGAUUGUCGUUGAAGUGGAUUGGUUCUUGAAAGACCCCUGGUGAAUUAAUAUUCGCUGGACAUUCUUCAACUUUUGAGCAUCGAAUUUCGAGGACAGACUGCCGGGGCGGUCAGCAUGUGAGGAAGUACACCAUCGCCCUGAAGUAGACUCGAAGCUGGACUUUGAGUGUGCCAUUGGAUUUCACGGCCCUUAGAAGACUUGUAGAAUGCUGUUCAUGUAAAGUAGUAAAGAUAGGAAAGGAAGGACUGGGUGGCCUUUGAGCAGCAUAGUUAGGAAGGAGGGUCAGUUGACGGAGAACAUAUUUGUUUUGUGUACAAGGAUGAAUUAGAUUUUCCCAGCCUAUCUUCAACAUCAGAUUAACCAGGAGAAGACGGCGUACAAUGCUGAUGUUGGUGAAGAGGGUUUGAUUCGCGAGUUGCAAUGUAGCUGGAGGGGUAAACCCUCAAUAUUGGAUAGAAUCUGAGGAUUGUAUACUGGUGGGAAGAACGAUGUUAGAUUGAUUGAUCCUUUACAGAAUCUUUGAUAAAUUAUACGUAUGCAUGUAUAAAAUAAUGAAGAUAGAAUUUGAUUGCACGUUUGGGGUGCUGCUCCUUUCGUUUUGUUUUCA